AUGGCCGACAAUAUGGCGGACAAUGUGGGAGUUGACACAGAGGACAAUGGGCCACAGAGGGGAAAGGACUCGCUCAAGAACAAACCACACUUUGUUUGCGAUACCAGGGAGUAUAUUACAUGUAUAGUGAUAGACUCUGACGAUACCAGGAAGUAUAUUGUAGUUAUAGACUCUGACGAUAUCUCUGACGAUACCAGAGAGUGGGGGUGGGUGGGGGUGCAGGAAGUCAUCUUGGUUACGUCAUCUCGCUCAGAUCGGGGAGACAUCUUGGUGACGUCAUCUCGCUCAGAUCGGGGAGACAUCUUGGUGACGUCAUCUCGCUCAGAUCGGGGAGACUUUGGCCGAGUCCUUGAAGAUGACAAUGGCGAAGAUGACCUCCAGCAGCUGCACAAUAAGCAGCAUGCGACAACAUGUGCAGCAGGAUCCGCAGCACCCCAGGAAGGAAAGAAUGAAGAGAAAGAUGCCGAGGAUGAACAGAGUCAUGCCUAUCUCGUACAGAAGAGGGAAGUCCUGCAGGUCGUCGGCGCUACUCACGAUCUGAAACUGGCCACCAGGUGACCAAACCGUCCAAGAAGAUCUCCGCGCGAGGGCUGUGGAAAGACAAGACAAUCCUGGGCAGAAGUAGACAGAAGCAGCUCCACCUGUGUGCCGCUGUGACCAACUGACUGAAGGCAAACCAGGAUGUUGAAGUACCCUGCCACACAACACGACCUGAUAACAUUCGACACCACGGCCCCAUUACAGAGCUCAACUUUUCAACUCGAUUGCAAAGUCUGCUUAUCCGGAUAAUUUCUC